AUGGACCAAGCGACGUCCGCGUCCCCAGCGAUGACCUUCAGUGUCCUGACAUCCACUGCUCCAGUCCUUGCCCCUCGAGUAGGCAGAUUGGCCAUUCCAGGCCGCAAGACUCUCGCGACACCACACCAUGUCCCGCUCACUUCGCGGGGCACAGUCCCACAUGUUGCACACGAUGUGAUGCGCGACCACACUGAGAUCAACAGCUUGUAUGCUGGAUUAGAAGAUUCGCAUGCCUCUCCGGGCAUAUAUUCAGUCAUCGCGAAAAAGGACGCACCCGUAUACAAGACACCUGUCGCAAACCAUGAGUCCCCAUUGAAGAAAUUCAUAUGUGUAGCCGAUGAUAUGCCUUUGAUCCUGGGCCCGCGGCGAUUCCCUCCGAUCCCAUGUCCGCCCGCGAACACAUCAACUUCCAUCGCGCUGCUGACAUCAGUCGGGUUCACCCAGCUGUCUGCGGCGGAAUAUGUGAAAUCAAUUCAAAAACUGAAACCAGAUAUUGCAAUUGGGAUGGUGGACCUGGCUAAUAAACAGCCCGGAUCCAAGAGACGGGCGAAAAUGGUUGACCGGACACAUGCCUGGACUCAAGAAGCAUUGGAGCAGCUCUAUGGGAACGGUGCCACAGAGGAAAACAAGUCAAAGAGCGCGUUCUUUGCACCUGUAUUACCCCUUGAUAACGCGCAGCAGUCCCUCUAUCUGGAUGAUUUGGAGAGCGAGUUCCGAUGGGACAUAUCUGGCCUUGCGCUAUAUCAAUCUGCGUCACUGGGAUUCGUCCCAGAAUCGCUGGCAGACCUUCCUCGUUUGCUCUUCAGUGAGCCUGAGACUCCUCACACUAUUCUUCGUGAUGUAUCCCUCGGAGCAGAUCUUCUGACCACGCCUCUGCUAGGCGCAUCGUCAGACGGUGGUAUCGCGAUGCAAUUCGCCUUCCCCGCUCCAGCUGCCUUGCAAGAGGGCAAGUCCGAGCCUCAGCCUUUGGGAAUCGAUCUGUGGCUUGGAGAUCAUGCUACAGAUACCUCUCCUCUGGGCGAGGGAUGUGAAUGCUAUACCUGCAAGAAUUAUCAUCGAGCUUAUAUCCACCAUCUCCUAGUUGCUAAGGAGAUGACCGCUUGGGCGCUUCUUCAAGUCCAUAAUUUCCACGUCAUGGAUAAUUUCUUCGCAGGAGUGCGGGAGAGUAUUCAACGUGGGUCCUUCGAGCAGGACGUUGCGACGUUUGCUCGUGUUUACGCCUCUUCAAUGCCAGAGAGUAAAGGAACAGGUCCUAGGUUACGUGGGUACCAACUCCCAGCCAACGGGCCUAACCAACCCCGUCGCAUGCCCAAGAUAUGGGGCCAGCUUGACGAUGCUAUACAGAAGUACGCCGAGUCCCAAUCAGAGGUCGCUACCCCAGACACCGACGCGAGCGGGCUCGAGGAACACGGGUUUGCCGAGAAGUUGUGA